GUUCAUCAGUCUUCUCGACAUCUUCAUCCAGCUAAACACUCCUCCAACACAAUCAACUAUUUCCUAGGUCAUCUCUCCUAGCGUCAUUCUCCUUACCGUUCAAGCCUUUUUUGCGCGUCAAGCCAUCCAUACCACUUUUCCAAGACAUCCGGCAACCAAAAGCUUAGCUGCCCAACGCCAACGCAAAACAACCACAAUACCAAACCCCCAAAUAGAAAUGUCGGCUGCUGCCCAAAACUCUGCCUACUCCAUCACAAUGUCUCCUCCUCCUCCCUUCGACCUGGGCUCCUACUCCCGCUCCAUGCAUCAGCAUACCAAGCGCCAGAUGGAGGCCGCUUCCCAGACAAACCUGCCCAGGUCCUCGGGGUCGCCUUCCAACAACCAGAACUCCAACGGCCAGAGCCAAUCGAACGCCACACCAAGUCUACCCAACGGCGUCUCGGGUACUCGCUCGAGGAAUUCCAGCGAAGAGUACAGCUACCAAUCGUGAGAGCUGCUCCGAGAGUGUGUGAGGAUGGGAUGUACUGGUUGAUUGAGCACACACACUCCACUCUUGACUACCACCCAACCCGCGCCCACAAUCGUCUAGACCUUGCUUGCUUCUUUGGUCAUCUGGAAAAAGAAAAAAGGAUGACAUCAAUGCUCCUAGAGAACAACGUCAGAGCGUCCCGCUGCAGUGUAUCACUGCAUGCCGGAAAAGGAGCAAGGUGUGCAUGCGACAGGCAGGACACGAUGACGACCGUACAUGAUGCAUGAUUUCUCCAACAGAGGAGUGGAACUCGUCAUGUUUCUCGCGGCCUGGUCCAUUUGACCCAAAAAAUGUUCCAUAUCGCAUGCAACCCUAUCAAGGUGUCGGGCUAAGGUGUCGGGCUAAGGUGUCGGGUUUCAGCGGUGGUGGUUGUCUACUUCUGAUCUUUCGCCAUGUAAUUCGGGUCAUCGAUCGAGGGGAGUUUAUUCUCCUUUGCCUUUCGGUGACGUUGAAAAACUGGCGAGUUUUGUGUUUUUUUACGAAUAUUCUCUCUUUCUGUUGAACUGGCAAGGCGUUUCGUGGGAGAUGGAAAGGAUUUUUUUUCUUGUUGCGGGUUCCCAGGGAAUAAAUAUAUCUAGAGGGGAAAGCAGAGUUGUUAUCAUACGGUAUACGGAGCUUGUUUCUGUGCCAUGAGAUUCGGGAUCUGGUAGAGGAAAUCCUUUUGGGAAUUGUACAUAUUAAUCGUCAGAUUCCCGGAAUGAUUGAUGAUUAUACCCAUUCAUGAUUUAUUCGUGUUGUUUCUAG